CCGCAUUUAGCUACUCACCUGGUCGCUACGGUGCCAGUCGUAGCUUUUUGACUCGGGCCAAGCUAAGACUAGAGAAAUGCAGCGCCAGGUGCUUGAGAAUCGCCCAAGCAGCAGCGGCCGCACGGCUGCUCCUGUGUUUGCGCCGCGGCGCUUUGCGCCUAUCAACUACUCUCGUCUGGGUCGCAAGGCUGCCGCUCGCCUGGCACGAUGGACCGUGGAGCAGCAGGACCCUUGCUCCAGCGGCCGGAGCAGCAUCAUAGUGCGCGUAGCUGAGACUCAGGUGGAGCAGGCGACGGCGCCGCCGGUCGCCGGCGCCGCCGCCGCCGACCCCUCGGAGCAGCCCAUCGCGCCCACCGUGGAGACGCUGAACGACGACGCCACCGCCGCGGCGGGCGGCAAGACUGGCAGCUCCGGCAUCAGCUCCGGCAUCCGCCUGGAGAACAUUGCCAUGACGUUCAAGAACCAGCAGGUGCUCAAGGACGUGAGCUGGGAGGUCAAGAAGGGCGAGCGCGUGGGCCUCGUGGGUGUGAACGGCGCGGGCAAGACCACGCAGCUGCAGAUCAUCAUGGGCCGUCUGCAGCCAGACAGCGGCGAGGUGGUGAAGGCGCGGCGCAACAUGCGCAUCGCCUAUCUGGCACAGGAGUUUGACGUGCAGCCGGGGCGCACCGUGCGCGAGGAGUUCUACUCGGUGUACGAGAUGCAGAUGAAGGUGAAGCGGCGGCAGGAGGAGCUCUCUGUGAGCCUGGAGUCCGUGGGCGAGGACAUGGACCUCAUGCAGGAGAUCCUGGACGAGCUGGACAAACUCAACAACAAGGUGGUGGACCUGGACGUGGACCUGCUGGACAAGAAGAUUGACCAGAUGAUGCCGGAGCUGGGCUUCAAGCAGGAGGACAACGACCGGCUGGUGGCCAGCUUCAGCGGAGGCUGGCAGAUGCGCAUGUGCCUGGGCAAGCUGCUGCUGCAGGACCCCGACCUGCUGCUGCUGGACGAGCCCACCAACCACCUGGACCUGGACGCCAUCCAGUGGCUGGAGGGCUACCUGCGCAAACAGGAGGUGCCCAUGGUGAUUGUGUCCCACGACCGCGAGUUCCUGGACCAGCUGUGCACCAAGAUCGUGGAGACGGAGCGCGGCGUGGCCACAACCUACCCAGGCAACUACACGCAGUACGUCAACAGCAAGAACGAGAAGACGGCUCUGCAGUGGGCGGCGUGGGAGAAGCAGCAGAAGGAGAUCGCCAAGCAGGAGGAGAUCAUGCAGCGACUGGCAGGGGGCGCGCAGAGCGGCAGAGCCAGCCAGGCCGAGAAGACUCUUGAGCGCAUCAAGGCGGAGGGGCUGAUCGAGAAGCCCUUCGUGCCCAAGCGCAAAGCCUUCACCUUCCCGCCCGUGGAGAAGAUGGGGCAGAAGGUUCUGUCCAUUGAGGGCCUGACACACGCCUACCCGGGCCGGCCGCUGUUCAAGAACGCUAACCUGGAGAUCGCCAAGGGCGACAGGGUGGCCAUCAUCGGACCCAACGGAGCGGGCAAGUCCACGCUGCUCCGGCUCAUCAUGGGCCGCGAGGCGCCGCAGCAGGGCACGGUGCGCCUGGGCGAGCACAACAUCGAGCCCAACUACUUUGAGCAGAACCAGGCGGAGGCGCUGGACCUGGAGCUGACGGUGCUGGAGACACUGGUCAAGUCCUCGCCUGACGCCAAGCUGAACGACCUCAAGUCGCUUUUGGGCCGCAUGCUGUUCAGCGGCAACGCCAUGGAUAAAAAGGUCAAGGUGCUGAGUGGCGGCGAGAAGGCGCGUCUGGCGCUCGCCAAGUUCAUGUGCACACAGGGCACGCUGCUGGUCCUGGACGAGCCCACCAACCACCUGGACAUCCCCAGCAAGGAGACGCUGGAGGAGGCCAUCCGCGCCUUCCAGGGCGCCGUCAUCGCCGUCAGCCACGACCGCUACUUCCUGCGGCAGAUCGCCACUCGCGUGCUGCUGGUGGAGGGCCAGAAGCUGCAGGACUACCAGGGCGACUACGACUACUACCUGUCCAAGAACGAGGAUGAGGCGGCCAAGAUGGAGGAGAAGGAGGCCAAGGUCAAGGAGAUCGAGAAGGACAACAUAAAGGCCAAGUCCAAGAUGACUAAGGCCGAGAAGGAGCGGCUCAAGAAGGAGAAGGCCAAGGCCUUCCAUUCGGGAGCUGAGGCCAAGAAGAAGAAGUGAGCGGGUGCGGCUCAGGCGGGGGGCUGGGGCGGCGGCGGCGCCGCCGCCGCGGCCCAUACUGGCGGGCCUCCAGCCCUGCGUGUGGGUCCCAGGGCAGCCGGACAGGGUUGGGCUGGGGCGGGGCGCGCCUCGCUUCUUGUUUGGUGCGUGUGCAAGUGUGAGCGUGUGCGCGUGUGUGUAUGAGGAUGCACAUUGGUGAUGAGCGAUGAGGCACAGUGGCGAAAGUGAAAUUCGUGAAUUUGACGCAGGUGGUGAUAUCGCAUUGGUUUCUGAGAGUAAUGUGCAGUAAGAUUUGGGUUGAGGGCUUGAGUUGUUUCUUUUGAUGAAGGGAAAGGCGGCAGAAGGGCAAGGAGGGCUUGGAGUGUGGUGUGCGGAAGCAGCGAGGGAACGGCAGGGAGCGGCGGGUAGAAUGGGAAGGGGGCCGUGUUAGUGUGCAACAUCCCGGAUAGCGUUACGACUUGGAAUGGUGCCGGCAGGCAUACUAGUUGCGGUAAUGCGAGCCUUAGAGCAGUGAGGUUCAGUUCACCGUGUUCACGUGUUUUACGGUCUGGUUGGCGCGUGAGCACGUGGAGAGCAUCAAAAUGAGAGGUGAUGGUACAGGUUGCUGGCGCUGGAGCGCCAUGGCAGCCGCUAAGCUGCGGCAGUAGAGACUUGUGUCGAGUCGAGGCGGGAACGAAUGCCUCGAGUACAAAGAGCAAAGCAAAAUGUGGCAACAAGAGCAGCUGUGGCCACAGCGAAAUUCCACCCCAGCAUGAGGCCGUUUUGACGGGGACGAAAUGUCCUUCGCCGCGGCCAUGAGCUCCCUUUGACUCCUCCGCAUCAAGGCUUCUUAUGCACUCCUAUGUCAACCCUGGGCCGUUAAGCCCGCCUUGGUAGGCCCCUUCGACUGCCUUUUGGUGUGAAGUGGCAACAAUGGAAAGCCCAUACUGAAAUCGCAGCUGCGCGGCCGGAAUACCAUCCCCGCGGCCUGAGUAACCGUCCCGGGACGAGCUAAGGAUCAGCCCUGUGACAAUGCGCGGCGCCUUGGGCCUCCAAAACGGGACGUGUCCGGGCUGGCGCGUUUGGCAUCGUUCCAGGGCGACCCUUGGACACCCCGCGACACCACUGCGUGCAUUACGUUGCGCUCUAAUGAUAGUUUUCGGCACAUAUAGCCCAGACUCGUAUCGGCGCGCGCCAGCGCGCAAGCGCCGGAAGCAAGAAUGGACCCGCCCCAAGCUUCUGGCCCAACGGGCGGUACAAAGGAGUGAUGUGUCAACUUUUCUUGUGUGUCUGUCUGUCUACUUUCGUUGUGUCCGAAAGAUACACGUUAUCGAAACCUAUUCGUAUGCUUGCAAACCCGCGCAAGCUGUGACAGGCUUACGAGACGUUUAAGUCGAACUCGUUGGGCUCGCUCAGUGCCGGAGCUUGUACCCAAUCUAUAAUGAUAUUCUGGUUUCACUUAUCCA